UGUAAAUUCCAAUAUGGUGGGAUAAACAAUAUUUUGACAGCUUGUCACGAAGAUUAUCCUCCAGUUUUCACUCAUGUCAAGUUUGACGUUUGGUGAAGAUAGAAUGAACCGACUCCUCUCAGGCAAUUCAGCAUGAGGUAGUAUUACGAUCGUCACAGCCAUGGAUGAUAGCGCGAGAUGGACAUAGACUCUGAACCCACUGAAGGGAGCUUAGUGAACCUGCGACAGAAGCCGCCAGCUAAAGGGCGGAAAAAGAAAAGUGCCGCUGCCAAGCUAGCAGAACGAAAACGGAGGGAUUCUGGAGGAGGAAGUGAAUUUGGCUCCACAGCAUCCUUACAACAGGGUGCAGAAAAAGAGUCUGCCUUAACUCCAAAGAGGAAUGAGUCAAAAGAGAAUAUCAAUGAACCAAAAGUAAAUGGCUUAUCUGGAACUGGGACAUUGUUAACAAGUGCUAACAAAGAAGUGAGCGGAGUGACUUGUGGUAGUAAAACUGAUUUUAAGGAUACGAACGGAGAAAUUAACAAUGGUGUAAAAACAAAUGAGGAUACCACUAAUUCCAGAGAGAAUUUGUCGAAAAAAACAAGCCCACCUAAGCCAGUGCCUAGAAAAGUCAGUAGACGAAAGCCAGUGGACAGAAAUCCGUUUGAUCCAAGCAAUGUUACAGAGGGAACUGUUGUGAGCAUUUAUGAGAAACGAGACGCUACAAGACGGUCUCGGAAAGAUUCUUCCUCAACAUCUGGGAGUAAACCAGACUUGAUAACUGACUCCGAUACCUCACAGAAAUCAAAUUCAAAACGCGAUCUCUUUCCACAAGGCGAGGGUUCCGAGUUGAAACCUAGGUUUGGUAACUCUUCCCUAUUAGCUCCGUCUAAAACCAGGGGAGGUUUGUCUUCAUUGGGCGAUUUGCCAGCCUUAGACGGGGGGUCCGCGCAAAAGUUGCGAGGCGAUGAUCGUUUGAACCCUGUGCCUAUGGACAUUGAUGCUGAUUCAGAUCAGGAAAGUAACGCUGGUAAUGAUAAACAUUCUGAUUUAAUCAGUAAAAAUGCGCCUUCUGAUGCAACAGUGCACAGGUUUCGUGCUUUACGUAUGACUCCUGACCGGUCAAGAUCUGAAGAAUCGUUGAAGAACGCUCAGUUUGCUCCUAAACCGCCCUCAACACCUCGAUCAGCGAGAAGAAAUUCGUCAAAGGGUGAAAAGCGUAAUCGUGAAGCAAACUCUUCAGACGAAGGACAAGAUAUUGAUUCUAAGAAACAGAAUUCUGACGGGAUUAAGAUUAGUGAAAAUAUUGGGAAUUAUAGUUUGUCAAAUUCACAAAUGGCUGACGAAGAGAAAAUGGAUGUGGACCAUGAUAUUAAAAUUGAAAGGAAACCUGCUAAGGGUAUAGUACUGCAUCCUGAUGUAAAAGAGGUUAAAGACAUAAGUGAACUAAAUGUUAAUCAGAACAUGCAGGAUCCUGAACAAUCGUUGAGUGGGGAAAACCUUGUAAAGCCAAGAGUGAGUCAGUCACAAAGAACAAAUGUAGAAAUCAGCCCAGAUAUGAGUUUUAAUGUCUCUCCGGAUAAGUAUGAAUUUGAAAUAUCUCCAGAGAAACGAAGCAACGUAUCAAGUGCUCAAAGUUUGGAUGUGGACUCGGUUGAUAAAAAAGGUGCAGUGAAAAAUUUGGCAAAAACAAGUGCAAGAAGACUUUUACCGCUAGAUGGAAGUGACUUGAAUACAUCUGAAAAGCCAUCUCUUGAUACUUUAGGUUCAGCAUCUGAUUUACAAGCCAUCAAUUCAAAUUACCAAAAGGUGCUUCAAGGAAAGACUUCGAGUAAAGAAUUGCCGACUCUGGCACAGAAUACUCCAAAGCCAAGUGGUUCGGGCACAAUGUUCGACAUCGUAAUGCCAGAACCUAAACCAAAUGCAGGGAAAUUGGCCCCUAUUCAGCCAAAGAACCCUCCUCCCCCUCUAACAGAAGAUAUGAAAUCUCAGUCGAUGAGAGUCUCCUACAAGACAGACCCCAGCUACCCACUACCAAAGUACUUUGCACGGUCUGUGUCUGGCGGUAGCACCGACAGAUCCAAGUUUGAGACAAUGUCAAUGCGAUCAAACUUUGCUUUGUCUGCGAUACCUAGUUUAGCAACAAAGGAUGCAAGAGACAGGAUGAGAAGUCAUGGUGGCACUAGUUUGUUGUCUUCCCUGGAGUUGGACCGACUUUUCCCGGACAGAAAGAUUGGCUUGUGGGCGGGAACGUGGAAUAUGGCUGAGAUGAAGGAGUGCAAGGCACAGUUGGAUGACUUCUUAUUGCCGGAAGCCAGUGAGUUUGUUCAGGACAUAUAUGCCAUUGGGACGCAGGAAAAUGCCAUGAACAAGAAAGAAUGGGAGAUCACUCUGCAGGAGACUAUAGGUCCGUCUCACGUUCUGUUCCACUCGGUCUCUCAUGGGGCCCUGCAUCUGGCUGUGUACAUAAGAAGAGAUCUGAUCUGGUUCUGUACAGUUCCUGAGGAGGAUAUAGUCCAGACACGCGCUGUCACCAUGGUGAAGACCAAAGGAGCGCUGGCCAUCGGGUUUCAUUUAUUUGGAACGUCCUUUCUGUUUGUAAACUGCCACUUUGCCCCUGGAGAUGAAAAGAAGAAAGAGCGCCUGGAUGAUUUUAUGAAGAUCACAAAGCAGCUGAAUCUGCCGAGACAAAACGUGAAUGGGUCUCCUAACUCUAGCUCCUCAGAUGUGACAACUCGUUACGAUUGUGUGUUCUGGAUGGGCGACCUAAACUUCCGUAUCGAGGUCUACAAGGGCAAGCAGGCCGUGGAGGACAUUGUUAAGUACAUCGAAGAGCAGGAACACAAAAACUUUGAGGAUCUCGUAGCAGGGGACCAGCUUACAAAACUGAUUGUUGAAGGUAAAGUCUUUCAGGGGUUCCAGGAAGGGAGGAUCAAUUUCCGGCCUACGUACAAGUAUGACAUAGGAGAAAACACAUUUGAUACUUCAUAUAAAAAUAGAAUUCCAUCAUAUACGGAUCGUGUUUUGUUCCGAGCCAAGAAGAAGAAUUCCAUAGCCUGUACUCACUAUGACUCUGCCAGAAGCAUCCUCAUCUCAGACCAUCGUCCUGUGUUUGCAAUUUUUGAGGCUGCCGUACAGCCGGCCAGAGAUUGCUCUCUCCCCCUGGCAGCUGGACAGUUUGACAGGAGUGUCUACACGGAAGCAAACAAACGAAGAUCUAUGAAAAUAGAUGUCGUUAAUACUCUACAAAAUGAAAAAUCAAGCAAAACAUGCGUUAUCCAGUGAGGCAAGGUUCAAGCUGAUGACGAGUGAGUCAUCAGUCAGAAAAUUGAAAGCUGUUGCAUUUGAAGGCAUUUAGUCAUAUAUUUAUGUACAGGACUAGUUUGUUUGUAUAAGACAGAUAAAUAUUUAUCAGUAUCUGGUUCACUUUCUUACAUUAUAAGUAAAGCUACAGAAUCUUAAGGAUCUGACCCUUUACUUAAGAGGUGGUUGAAGUUUGUUAAAAAUAAAUGUGUUUUCCAUGGAAAUUUGUUUUUCAUAAACUUGGUGUGCAGUUCAGUAAAAUUAAUGUGUGCCCAUAACAUGUAUGUUCUGCAUACAUGAAUAAUUAUAAAUACUUUGAAUGGAUAUUACAUGUACAUUCAGUUUAAAUCCUGAACAGUUAGAAAUAUAAUUCAGAGAUAUUUUAUUCUCUAAAAAGUGGGACCAAAUUGUAUACCGGUAAUCAAUGAGUA